AUGGCAACUCUUACCAAUGACGGGAAGGGCCCGCUUCAAGUGCCUGGGUUUGGCUCCAUUCCCUUGGAUUUUCAGCUCCCGCCAGAGGCUCGCUUUGCGCAUGGGUUGUUGGACUACCGCCACACACCUCGGUUGACCAAGCGGGAGAUGGCCAUGCUUCGUUUCAUGCAAAAGGUCACGGAGAAACCUGGAUGGGAUUCUGCCGUACUGGAUCCAGAUGAGAUGCAGAUCGCGCAAUGGUACCGUGAGGCCACAGAAGGACCGGACGGUCACUUGAUCAGCACCGCUGCAUGGGAAUGGUGCCUGGCGGAACUGCGCGAUAAAGCAGAAACGUGGCGAGAAACCGGCCGCCUCCUGGUCUUUGACAGCUCCUCGGCUGUGUGUCAUGCCGAUGUGUGUCUGUCAGAUCAAGGGUCCCUGUCCCUGUCUACGAAAGAAGGGAUUCAAGCGGAGAUAGACCGACUGGUGGCCCCACACCCGCAGCCCAGACCCUACAUUCAAUAUAAUCGCUUAGUGGAUCCAUUUUUGUAUCCCCUUGUCUACAAUCAGUCUCGAGUCCUGGUUCAUGGGGGACGGACCUCCCUUGACAAUUAUCUCUGGGAUUCGGCCGACGAACCUGCUGGAGAGCUACCUCCUCAUCCCCUGGGUCUUCACCAAGACCGGCCCCAUCGUUUGGAUCGCAGGCCUGGUCAGGGCGGACCGGAGAGCUGCUGGUCGAACCGCUUCCAAUGGCUUCCUUGUGAAGUGCAGUUCAAUGGGACUGACCCCCUGGAUGUUCGCAUUACUUCAUACGUCAAUAACCUUCACCCGGGAAGGCACCAGAAACUGUAUAGGUGUCUUGAACGCCUCAUGGCAAGCUCCGUUCCUUCCUGGAAUGAGAUCCUAUUUUACGGCAAUACCCGUGGCUGUCGCCCACCACGUAUCCUGACAUAUGGAUGCGAGAUUCAUGACUAUAAAGGAGAGCACAAAUUGUUCGAUGCCCUACAUCGCCAUCCACGCAGGCAGCUACAACUUGACACUUCAAAAGAGUGGGAGACCCUGCGCAAUACAGCCCGUGAGUACAUUGAAGGCCCUGAGCCACCAAAGUGGAAGCAGGCAGAGCCUUUGCCUGACAAACCGGCCAAUUUGUUGGAAAUGCUCACUCCUGAGCAAUGGGAUGUUCCUAACCACGUUUAUUGGAUCGCUACAUUCAAACGCACACGUCGAGCUUGGUUCAACCACCCAGAACCCGGUGUCUCGUUCUCGUACAAACAGUGGAAGCGGGGUGAAUUUACAGGACAUGCGAUCCACGCGCAGGGAAUCAGCAAACACCCGGAUCCGCUACACCAUGACCGCAAGCCUAUUCAAUUAGAGAAGCAGUUUCAAGAUGAGGGUUUGCAGGUUGUAGUGGAAAUUACCCGCAUCGAAAUACACCCCGAAAAUCCCAUCUAUAACGGAGAGAAGCAUUUCCACACCGAGGGGCUCCGCAACGACCGCAUAGCAGCCACCAGUCUGUAUGUUGUGGAGUGCAAGAACCUCACCCAAGUCCGCUUGGCCUUCGAGCACGAGGACAAACUUCACGCCUCAGAGCUCCAGUGUCAGGUGCCGAAGGCACUUGCCGCAGUUUAUGAUGUAAGUUCCUGGGAGCGGCGCGAGGAGGAACCCCCUCGCGCACUGCACACUUUCGGGUCGGUCCCGCUCGCAGAGGGCCGUCUUCUCAGCUGGCCCAAUACCUAUCGAUCGAAGCUCGAGCCCUUCCGCUUAGUGGACCCCAGACAGCCGGGAAAUCUAACCUUGAUCAAGCUUCGGCUCGUCGAUCCACAUUAUCGCAUCUGUUCAACGCAGAAUGUUCCUCCGCAGCAACAUGAGUGGUGGGCUGCUGCAGCCCGACAGGCAGCUCGGCUCGAUCAACGCUUACCUCUGGAGAUGGUGUGGUCUGUAAUGGAUCAAGUGAAAGACUGGCCAAUGUCCGCAGAAGAGGCCGAAGAGCUACGCAUAAAAUUGCUAUUUGAGCAUGAACGCGUGCGGCGGGUCAUUGAUUCGUGCGUGGGACACCACUUCGUCGAUAGUCUCCCCUACAAUGAAGAGAGAGCACGAUAUUUGAGCAAUCUAGUGUCCGAGGCCGGUUAUGAGUCCCCUUAGACGCUGUUGCAGGGCCAUACUUAGUGUCUCUGAAAUAGAAAUAGGCGUCAAACGCCUGCAUAUCUAGCGCCGGAAUUGUUUCGAUUUGUCCAAGCGCACCAGACGACGUUCAGACGGCGCCAACUAUAGCGCUUACAACUUCCCAUUUGCAAAAUAGCUUUGGAAAACUUAACUUAAAAAGGUAAAAAAGUCCCUUUAUUGGAACAGGAAGUCAUUCUACAUCAAAUGCGAGCGACAUGCCAUAGAUACUGGGAGUGCGUUCCAAGCAAUCUCAGCUCAUACAACAACGAUAACAUCCCAAAUCAAUAUAAUGUACCGCGACCGUAUGGGAUUUAUUCCCCAUCGUGACAAGAUGAUCCGACUUCAAAACCAUUUUCCUUAUAAUUGACUCCCUUGAGAUACUC